UUAAUCCCGGAUCCGAAAUUGGAACCCCCAUCUCUCUCUCUCUCUCUCUCUCUCUCUCAUCUAACAACGCUCUGCAACUGCCGAAUUCCACCAGUUUUCCACUCCUCGAAGCUCCUCUUGGCGUCGCCAACCGCAGCCUCUGCUCUUUCCUGAGUAUCUCACCUCCGGCUUCGAUCCCCGGCUUCGGUUUUCUUUCUCCCCCGAACCAUGCCAAUCGCCGGCCGCGGCCUCUCGCCUGCCGACAGAAUCGCCAGGACGACGACGGCGGCGGCGUCGCGCGGCGCCUCCACGCGCCGGGUUUCUCUGUGAAAGUACGCGAGAAGGAGGAAGAAAGAAGAAGCGGAGGGGGCCGACGAUGUUCGGGUGCUGAAAUCGUGGAUAAGUUCUCGAUAUUCUUUUUGUUCUUCGGGAGAGGGGAAAGAUGAUAUCUUCGGGGAUAAACUUGGUGAUGACGGUGAUUGGGUUCGCGGUGAGCACCAUGUUCAUCGUCUUCGUCUGCACGCGGCUCAUCUGCGCUCGGAUUCAGCUCAACGCCUCUCGCCGCUCCUUUGCUCUCGCCGGCCGAUCCGAUCUUAGCAUUCUAGAGCGGGGUUUACAUGGUCUUGAACCUGUAGUGGUGUCUAACUUCCCGACAAAGAAAUACAGCGACGAGUUCUUCUCUGCAGUCGGCGAUUCUCAAUGCACUGUUUGUUUGGCUGAAUACCACUGUGAAGACAUGCUGCGGAUCCUCCCCAGUUGUGGGCAUUCUUUCCAUGCUACAUGCAUAGACAUAUGGCUUCAGCAGCAUUCCACGUGUCCGGUCUGCCGAAUAUCAUUACGAGAGUUUUCGGAGAAGAAGCGUUCAAUGCAACCUUUAUUUAGUUCAGCUCUUCGACCUCAUCGAGGCAUGGAGACUGUGCGUGUGCACUCCCCUCAUUGUCCAUUGGCUGCUCACAACUUCACGUCAAGAGCCAACUAUACCCACAGGAUGGACCCUAUACGAGAGGAUCGCUUUGCAACCAUGGAAGGUAGAUCGGAACCCGGAGAGAGCAUCCACACAUUGGAUGAACCUGGUCAGUUUUCUAAAGAUAAAGGAAAUGGGCACACAGAAAGCCAAUCUAAUGCAUAGGAAUCUUGGGAUGAAGAGCUAGCUGGACUCUCUCAGACCGACAACUAUAAAAUAUAGGUUCCACCAAGAAAGGUUUAUCCUUGAAACUUCGCGGGUGCCAUCUCCCGAGGGUUCACAUAUGCUGUAAAUAUGGUAAAAAGUCUUUUUCCUAAUAUUUGUUGAUCUCCCAUAGCAUUUAGUUAAUUGGUUUGGGGCAGUUUUGUUUAGCUCAGUUGUAGGACAUGUAGUUUCUAUUAGGGGUCGACUGGCAGCUUUGUUUCCUCUCAUUGGGCCCACUUUUCUGACUUUCCUAAUUGCCUAUGAUAUACUCCAUAUUCUCCACAACAGCUGUAUCAUUAGUGGGCCUUGCUCUUUACUCGACAAGAGCGCUGGAUCUUCACCUCUCCUGUGUUUGUUCUAAAUCUCGACGUUUUCAGCAACUUGCUCUACUUUCAGUA